GGUCUCAGGCAGAGAAGAGUCUCCAGAAGAGGAGAGUUCAGAUACAGUGAUGCCGCCACUCUGUGCUGUUCUUGUGCUUUUCAGCAAAGUGUAUGGUCUGCUUGGGAAUAUAAUUCAGCCUGACACGCUGGUGCGAGCUCAAAUCGGAGACACUGUGACUCUCCCAUGCUUCUACUCUGAAAACUUUUAUGAUAUCAGUUGGUAUAAGCAGCCUCUUGGACAGAAGAUUCAGCACAUUGCAGUGCAAGUUUUAAAAGAAAAUAAUACUCAAUUGUUCAAUGAGUUUGAAAACAGUAAACGCUUCAGUGCUAAAGCAGCGAAGGGGAGCUUUAACCUGACUGUGUCACGAGUAGAGCCAUCAGAUUCAGCCACAUACCACUGCGCUAUGAUGCCCUACAGUGAGACCAUCUUUGGAGAUGGAACGACUUUUAUGGUGAUGGGUUCAGAGUCACACGGCAGGACAGUAGUACUGCAGCAGCCCGAGUCUGAGUCAGUGCAGCCUGGAGACUCUGUGACUCUGCAGUGUUCAGUACACACUGAGACCUGUGCAGGAGAACACAGUGUGUACUGGUUCAGACAGGGCUCAGGAGAGUCCCCUCCAGGAAUCAUUUCCACCCAUGGAAACAUGAGUGAUGAGUGCCAGAGGAGCUCUGGGGCUGUGUCUCCCACACAGAGCUGUGUCUACAACUUCCCCAAGAGGAACCUCAGCCCCUCUGAUGCUGGGACUUACUACUGUGCUGUGGCCACCUGUGGGGAGAUCCUGUUUGGGAACGGGACCAAGCUGAAUGUUAAGGGAGGUGAAUUAUCCACGCUUGUCUGGCUCUCGAUCAUACGGACUGGAGUUCUCUGUUGCAUGUUGCCCAUAUUUGUCCUCAUCUAUUGCAAAAAGGCAUAAAUAAUGAUGAUAUUAUGGGA